AUGAAGAAGAGCGGCGGCGGUUGCAGCGACGGCGGAGGGAAGAGGAGCAAAGGAGUGGUGAAGCUGUCGACGGACCCACAAAGCGUGGCGGCGAGAGAGCGACGGCACAGAAUCAGCGACCGGUUCAAGAUUCUGCAGAGCUUAGUCCCCGGUGGCACCAAAAUGGACACCGUCUCUAUGCUCGAUGAGGCCAUUCAUUAUGUCAAAUUCUUGAAAACCCAGAUUUGGCUUCAUCAAACCAUGAUCAAUUUCGUUGAUUAUGACGUGGCGGCGGCCACGGCGAGCUCCUCCCUCCCUCUGGACCCCAGCGGCGGCGAUUACUGCAGCAACGUGAAUAACAUUAACAACAACAUUCUGUACACUCCAAACGACGUCGUCAAAAUGGAGGAGCCGUUUUUGCCACCGCAGUUGGAUCCCACCGGCUACUACUCCUCAGGACAAGACCAAUUCAUGUGCUCUUAUGAUGCUUACAUGAACUUCUAG